GUCCGAUUUCCGUAUGAAGCUUCAGACUUUCAUAACAAACCUACAGAAUGAGAUACAAAAAACCUACUCAUCAGCUGUUGUCAAACUCUGGUGUAUAGAAGAACUAGAGGGAACUGCACAAAAUCCAGGCACACGUCGGAAAAGACAAUCAAUGUAAAAUUUGGACAUAUAUUUUAUAUUUCUAAAAUUUAAAUGUAAUUCCAUUGUUGUUUAACAAUAAACUAGGCUAUAAUUGUGCUCUGGUAUGUUUUAAAUGCAUACCGUACAGCUUCAGAUUACUCAACUCUGAAACUACUCUUAGAUACUAGUCUCGUUGCAGUGGCAAUAGCUUUUUGUUUUAAAUCAUUUAGCUGGUUGUUACAAGAUAGAAUCUUUGCAAUGAAUUUCUAACUAAUUAAUUGACAAUUUUUUUUUUUUAAAUUCUCAGCAAACCUGUGAAGGUUUCGGUCUAUGUCUUACGUGACAGCAGCACCGACUCCUUAUCUAACAUUACCAGGCAAAAGGAUUUCAUUAGCCAGCCAAAUUUAUUGUCAGUGUUAGCCCAAAGUGAUGGGGCUCCCAACAAUAUCAUUAAAGGUGAGGUGAACACACAGAGGAUAAACUAAGAUAUAAUUAUUAGCUUAUAAUUGUGGGAUUCUUUCUCCUCAUCACUUGGUUGUUAAGUCUCCUAAACUCUGAAAUAAAAAUACUUUUUUUAAUAGUUAAUACCAACUACCCAGGCCUUCAAAACUGCACUAAAAACAUAUCUUUUUAAAUUAUACUACCCUGACUGAUUCCCCUCCUCUGACCGAUAAAUGAUCUUGCUGGCUGCCGUUCAUGGUUUGUCUUGUAAAAGUUAUGUGGUGGGGUGGGUGACUAUACAUUGCUGUUCUUUUUUUUCAUAAAUGUAUUUUAUUUUAAUGUCAUAAUUAUGUCUCUUUUGAUAAAAUUUUUAUGUACAGCGUGGUGAGCCCAGCCCUAGGCUGGGGGUAUGGCGCUAUAUAAGACGUCUUAUUAUUAUUAUUAAUAUGCACAAUUAUUGGGGCUGAACUUGUAUUAAUAUUCGUUUAUUAUGAUUUUGUGCCUCUUCUGUGUAAUACAAGUAUUUGAUUAACUAAUAAUUUUAAUUAGUGAGAAGUUAUUUUAUAUAUCUCAAAAUGGAGGCUGCAUUUUUAUGCAACUUUAAAGAAGCUAAAUAAUGUUGUCUUUUUUAAAUUUAUAAUAGUGCUUACAGGUGCUCAUUCACUUUUAGAAAUUUUAUUUGUUCAUGUUCAUUUAAGAUGGAUUCUCUAAGCUUCAGCUUUUUCCGCUAAUUUGAAUCUUUAAACGUUUUAAUUUGUUGAAAAUUGACUCAUCAGCAGUAAAUUUUAAAAAUCAGCUAAAAAAUGAGAGACUUAGAGAAAUCACCCAACUCAAAAAAUCAACAAAAAUGUUAUUUUUUCAACAGCUGGUGAAUUUGCUUAUUUUAAUAUGCAAGAGGUGACAUCAUUGUCCAAAGCAAGCACCACAAACAGUUCUGUCAGUUGGUGGGACACUGUCUAUGGACCAAUAGUGACAGCAAUCUUAUUGGCUUUUGGUGUGGUCCUGUUGUGUCUUAUAAUAUUCUGUUGUUGCCGACAUCAUAGGAGGAAAAGGUGAGAAAUUUCUUUUUAAAGCCACAACUGUUGUGUGAACUUAUGCUUCUGCUACCCAUAAAAUUGCUCUUGUAGCAAAUAAUAUUUUAGAUUGUAAAAACCAUUUGGGUAAUACUCCUUCUUGAUCAUGUUAAAUGGAUGUAAUUAUUUAAAAAAAAUUAACUAGCUAUUUUAGAUGUGCAGGGAUAUUUCUUUCUUUAAUAACAUUCGAUAACUUACUUAAAUUUUCUGCUGCUUAUUUAAAUUCUGUUAGAAGAUAAAUGUUUUUUUGUUUUUCAAUUCAAAUAAUUUUUUUUUUUAUGCCAGUGAUUCUCAAGCUGGUAAAGGCCUAGCAAGAAAUAUAGAAAUUUCAGCUAGGGCAAGAUCCCCAUUUAUUCACUUUGUAAUAUUUAAAAUAAAAUUAAAUAAAAUUAAAUAAAAAGACUAGCAAUUUGAUGCAUGCUGUUUUGCAGAAAAACUACUCCCUUGAUUCUUUAGCAGUAGUAGCCAAUGCACGAUGGGAACUCUUCAUAUGUCUUAAUGUUUUUUUUUUAUUAAUGAUUAAAUAUAGUGAGUAGUGCAAACAUAGAAUAUCAACUCCGAUAAAAGUUUUGGAAAUUCCUUUUUUUUUGGUGUUACUUCAAAUUACUUAGCUGACGGAAAAAUGUUUCUAGUUGAUGAAUUUGUUUCAAAUAUUUUAUUAUUUCAUUAAAACCAAAUGAUUUCUUUAGUUUUGAGUCACCAUGAUAUGAUUUAAUGUAAUUUCAGGUAUUCAGAAAGUCAUUCUUCUGAGGAAGUAUUUACACCACCUGUAGAUUAUAGAACUAGCAGACAAUUUAAAGGUACUUUUUUAAAUACAAUUUAAGUUAAGAUAUUUAUUUAACUUUUCAAUUUCAAAUUUGCACUUUUAUGUUGGGCUGUAAACUUUCUUUUCACGUUACAGAAAUUACUCAACACCUUUUAUUGUUUUCUUUAUAGUUUAUAGGAACGUGAAAUAUUUUGGUGCAAGAAGGAAGAGUUAAAAAAAUGAUGGAAGGAUGAGGGAGUCAGGGGACAUUUUUUUUAAUUUUAAAGAAAUUUUAGUAAAGUGAUGGAAGUGGAAUAAAUAUUUACUGUAAUAACCUACAUAUAAAAUGUCAGCGUGUGCAUGAUUAAACAACAGUAAACAUGCUUGACCUACAAAUAAGAGCAUAUGACCUUCUGGUUUUAAUCUUAUUAUUAUUAAGACACUGUAUUUUUUUAAUAAAUGCAAACUAAAUUGUUUUGUACAUUUUAAUUUUAAGCACUUUGAAAAAUGGGAGGGUUGGAAAGGGCAGAGACUAGGUAAAUUGAUUUAGCUCUCUCUUUUUCAGUGUUUCUUUUCUGCCUCAUAAAUUUUAUUGACAGCCAAUAAUUAUUUAAUGUUGAUGAUUGUAUUGUUCACAGGAUACCAAGUCGGUUGGUUGCAUCCAUCAUUUCAAUGGCCAACCCCCGUUCAUGUCAGGCAUGCCAAAGCCUAAGUAAGAGAAGCUUAGACAGUAGUAGCAUUUCAGUUUGUUUGUUUUUUUCACAAUUUUUUCAUCAUUUACAUACAUGCAUGCUUUUAGCAAUGAGAAUGUAUCAACAUUAUUUCCUGUUAUAUAUUUUAUCCACCUGUUAUUCUGCCAGUGAAGAUUUUAAUAAUGCAAAGAGCCAGGUGUAUUUUAGUUUAAAUUGAAAAGGAUUUGACGUUUUACGCUUGUGUUUAUUGGGUUUUGAUUUUCAAUGUAAUUUUAGCUCUCUGCACUUUCAAACUAAGUACUAUGUUGUUUAAAAAAUAUAAUUAUUUGCGCUUUUACUUUAACAAGGAAUCUAAAUGCCAUUCUCCUCAUGAAGGUUUUUUUUUUUUUUAUAAUACUCAGAGAUCUGGAGAAAUAUUUACUUUUAGAUUUACAAUUGUUUAAUGUUGAAAUAUUUACUGUUUAUCUAUUUACAGAUGUCAGUUGUAAAUAAAUUAAAAGCCUGGUG